CCUAUUUCCAUAUACGACCCAAUUUCCCUUUUUUAUUCCAUUUUCUUCAUAACUUUUCUCAUCGAUCUUUGAGUGUUUUUUAUCACAAGGAGAUUUCAAGCUAAUGGGAUUUGGGACGAUUUUCAAUCGAAAGAAGAAGCGAGGUUCUACGAAUUCAGCUGCUUCUUCACCGCAUGUUCCAUCAAAGGAAUCGUUGUUCAUUCAAUCCCCGAAGCGAUCUUCCUUAGGAAAUUUCACCCAGACCCAACUCCAAGAAAUCGAAGAAGUGUUUAAAAAGUUUGACGUCAACGGUGACGGCAAGAUCUCGGCGUCGGAGCUCGGUUCCAUCUUGAAAUCACUCGGCCAACGGCCCUCCGACGAGGAACUCGACGACAUGAUCAAGGAAUUCGACGCCGACGGCGAUGGGUUCAUCGAUUUCCACGAGUUCAUCGAGCUGAACACCAAAGGGAUCGACUACGAAGAGGUUCUGGAGAACCUGAAGGACGCUUUCUCCGUCUAUGACAUCGACGGUGACGGUUCGAUUUCGGCCGAGGAACUCCACGAAGUGCUUCAAGGCCUCGGGGAUGAGUGUUCGAUCGCCGAGUGUAGGAGGAUGAUAAGCGGGGUGGAUAAUGACGGGAAUGGGAUGAUUGAUUUCGAGGAGUUUAAGGUAAUGAUGAUGGCCGGGGCCACUUUUGGUUCCAUUGAAUCCGAUAAGAGAAAUGUUGCUGUCUAAAUCAAUUCAUCAUUGGUUUUUCUCUCUGGUAAUUUUCCUGGAUUUAUCUGAUUAACUGGUUACAAGCAGCAGCUUGUUUAUUACUUAAUUAUGAUCUUAUGGAGAUUUGUGUAUAUUUUGAACUCUUUUCAAUGGAAUUUAAUGAACAUUAUACGGUAAA